AAUAAUAAUUAAAAGCAGCCGUUUUAAAUUUGAACGCCAAAGAAAACUCUUCCUCUUCUCAUUUUUCUACACCAAUUUCAAGAAAUCUAAUCUUCCUCAAAGAUGUUGAAAUCGGCUAUUUUCGGCCGGAAGAAAACCAGCGCCGCCGCCGCCACGACGGCGUUCAGCGAGUUCUACAACAACUGGAUAUCCACCCUGACCACCACCCUCCUCCCCCAGCUCCGCCGCUCCCUCUCAUCAACUUCCGUCUCCCCCUCCCUCCUCUCCAUCCAGGUCGAAGGCAUGCACCACCACUUCCAGUCGUACUACGCCGCCCUCGACCAGGCCGCCGCCGCCGACGCCGCCCACUGCCUCUACCCCGAGUGGCGCAACUCCCUCGAGAGGCCCUUCCUCUGGCUGGGCGACUUCCACCCUUACCUCUUCACCAACCUCCUCCGAUCAUUUCUUGACGAUCAAGAUUCAUCCGAAGAGGAAGACAACGACGACUACAACAGCAGCGCCGCCGCCGUGAAGGCGGCGCUUGGGAAGCCGUGGCACGUGGCGGUUGCGUGGAGGAGCCCGUCCAAGGAUCUGACGUCCAAGGUGGACCAGAUCGAGUGCGGGCUGCGGCUCAUGGUGCCGGCGCUGGCGGCGCGUCUGCGCCACGCGCAGGCGAGGUUCGUGAAGAGGGUGGGGGCGGAGUGGGGGAUCAACGCCGGCGUGAAGGCGGCGGUUGAGGAGGCGAUGGCGGCGGAGAUGGAUGAGCUGGUGGGGGUGGUGGUGGACGCCAACAGGCUGAGGAGGAGCGUGCUGGCCGAUGUCCUGACGGCGACGAGUGUUUAUCAGGCGGCGGUGUUUCUUGAGGCGGUCGCCGGAUUCUUCGCCGGAUUCCGGGAUGAGAAAUUGCUGAAAGAAUUUAACGAUUGCGGGAAGAAUAUCGAUUGAUUCAUCGGUGAAUUGUCUGUACUAUUUUUUUUCGUUUUUUGGCCCUUGAAAUUAGGGCACUGAUUGGAUUUUAAUUAUGCCCUAAUUAGUUUGUAAUUAGGUUAUAAUAAUAUUCUUCUUUUGAUUUCGAAUUUAUGAAAUAGAUUGGAAAUUAGAUCAAUUA